UUGCCUACAUCAUUUCCGGAGUAAGAUGGCGGCACUGAGGGGCUCAUUCAGGCUUCUGAGUCGCUUGGUCUGCGCACACCACUACAGCACCUACAGCAGAGGUCGCCUUAGCAGAUGUGUGUAUCUCCUGAAUCGGCCCCAGCUGAAGAUCUGUCCACAUCGGUAUUUUAGGACAACUACAGUUGCCGCCGGACAGAUUGUUCAGUUUAAACUCUCGGAUAUCGGAGAAGGAAUAACUGAAGUGACAGUAAGAGAAUGGUACGUGAAAGAAGGUGAUACUGUGUCCCAGUUUGACAGCAUCUGUGAAGUUCAAAGCGAUAAAGCAUCUGUCACCAUCACCAGCCGUUACGACGGCGUGAUUAAAAAGCUUUAUUACAGCGUCGACGACACAGCCUUCGUGGGGAAGCCGCUGGUAGACAUUGAAACGGACGCCGUGAAAGAUGGUAUUUUGGAGGAGGAUGUCGUUGAAACCCCUGCUGUUUCCCACGAGGAGCACACCCACCAAGAGAUCAAGGGCCAGAAGACACUGGCAACCCCAGCGGUCAGACGUCUCGCCAUGGAGAAUAAUAUUAAGCUGAGCGAAGUGGUCGGCAGUGGCAGGGAUGGCCGCAUCCUUAAAGAAGAUAUUCUCAACUACCUGUCGAAGCAGACGGGUGCCAUUCUGCCCCCCACUCCUGAAAUAGUGCCUCCACCACCCAGACCCACACCAGCUGCCCCACAGCCACACGACAAGGCUCCGUUGAAGCCCACUCCCGUUUCCGUAAAGCCCGUGUUUACAGGAAAGGACAGGACUGAGCCACUGAAAGGUUUCCAGAAGGCAAUGGUGAAAACGAUGACUGCUGCCCUAAAGAUACCCCACUUUGGUUACUGCGAUGAGGUGGACCUGACCAGGCUUGUUCAGCUGCGCCAGGAACUAAAGUCAUUGUCGGAGUCCCGGGGUGUCAAGCUCUCCUACAUGCCCUUCUUCAUAAAGGCCGCCUCCCUGGGUUUGCUGCACUUCCCGAUUCUGAAUGCUUCAGUGGAUGAAAGCUGCCAGAACAUCACUUACAAGGCAUCACACAACAUUGGCCUGGCAAUGGACACGCAGCAGGGGCUCAUCGUACCGAAUGUGAAGAACGUCCAGCUCUUAAGCGUCUUUGACAUUGCAGCAGAACUGAACCGCCUUCAAGCUUUAGGAGCCAGUGGACAGCUGGGGACGAAUGACUUGACUGGAGGGACGUUCACCGUGUCCAACAUCGGAUCUAUUGGCGGGACUUACGCUAAGGCAGUGAUUCUGCCCCCUGAGGUGGCGAUUGGAGCACUUGGAAAAAUUCAGGUUCUCCCGAGAUUCAACGAGAGAGGCGACGUCGUGAAAGCCCACCUGAUGAACGUGAGCUGGUCAGCCGACCACAGGAUCAUCGACGGAGCCACAAUGUCCCGCUUCUCCAAUCUGUGGAAGUCGUACUUGGAGAACCCUGCCGCCAUGCUCAUGGACCUGAAGUGAAGGCUGCCAUCCAUCCCUUCGCCCCUGGAGGUUUGCUCAGCAGGCGUCUGAUUGUUUUUCUUGUCCUUUUUGUGUUUUUUUGUUUUGUCUCCUUCCACUGGGAUUCUUGAACGGUGGCCCAUCAAGACGUGUGCCUGUUGACGAUAACACUUUUCAUUCUGGUAGCGCCAGACUAGAGCACAAGUGAGGACGUGAUGCCAGCCCUGGACUAGAAGUGCCGGGAUCUCAGAUGCACAAUCCUCGUUAGCCUCUCGGUUAUUUAUUUGGAGUUGGACAUGAGGGAAUUGUAUUGUUGAUGGUUGGACAGAGAACAAGGGGAACAAAAAUAAAAUAAAACCGCAUACACAAUAUUGUGCAGUGAGUGACCGAGAAAACUGCUGUCUUCAUUUAAUCUGAGCUCUCAAUAAACUAACUGAGUUAAGGACUCG